CUUGUAAUUGCGCAACAGAAGGGGCGUGUCGGAUUGAUAUAAUGAUAGUCCAAGUGGAGGGAGCUGACGGUCAAAAACUUUCAGGCUGGACGAGCGAGCGCGAUUUAUUCGGAUUUAACUAGCGAACGAAUAACAAACACGCACGUGUGUGUGUGUGUGUGUGUGUGUGUGUGUGUGUGCCCGCCCGGAAGGGGUUUAACAGCGUGUAGCGAUGGUGUGUGUGUGUGCUUCGUAAGCGCGUGAGCAUUUCUUCACCUCUCCACUCUACAGAUACAUACAAAGCACCUUUUGUAUGCAGUGUGUGUGUGUGUGUAUGUUACUGGAUGAAGGGCUCAGCCGAAGUCAUCUGUUCAGCACAAAACUGAGAAUCAUCAGCCUUAGGCAGAUCUCCUCAUGGCGGCCGUAUUCAUCACCUUGCUCCUCUUCUUCCCUUUUCCUCCGUCCAUUUCUUCACGUCCGUUUCCAGAGACACGAGAGUCCAUCGGAGUGGACAGGAAAGCCGUCCAACAAAAUGGAGGCAGCGUUAAAAUCAACCAGUUUAGCAACAACGUGGUUCAAAGUUCAGGAGCACAGAAUGACGGAGGAGUGAACCAGAACACAAUCAAUCAAGAGAAAAGAAACAGACAUGAAUAUCUAUAUUUAAGUGAAACUACAAGUCAAAACAUCAGGGGAACAGAGCAAAACAGAAGCGAAACCAGCCAUAACAGUGACUUUACACGUCGUCUACCGGAUAUUAUUAUCAUUGGGGUGAGGAAGGGUGGAACGAGAGCAUUGCUGGAGAUGCUCAGCCUUCACGACUCCAUCGCUGCCGCUCAAAGCGAGGUACACUUCUUCGACUCGGAUGCUCAUUACCAGCGAGGACUCGAGUGGUACACGUCGCAGAUGCCGCUGGCUCGACCCCAUCAGCUGACGGUAGAAAAGACUCCGGCAUACUUCACCUCCGUUGACGCUCCGGACCGAAUCUUUCACAUGAACCCUUCCGUCCGGCUCUUGCUCAUCGUCCGAGAUCCUGUGGAUCGGGUUCUUUCGGAUUACACGCAAGUCUUUCACAAUCAGCUUCAAAAACACAAAAUCCCUCAACUCAUCGAGGACCUCCUGCUCCGAGACGGCGAGCUCAACCUGGGCUAUAAAGCCGUGAACCGAAGCGUCUAUCACCCGCACAUGCAGCGAUGGCUACGGGUUUUCCCACGUGACAGCUUUCACAUAGUAGACGGCGACGCGCUAAUCAGAGACCCAUUACCGGAGAUGAAAAAAGUCGAACGCUUUUUGCACCUGGAGCCGCAGAUCACCGAGGACAACUUUUAUUUCAAUCGGACGAAAGGCUUUUACUGUUUGAAGGAACAAGGCCACGAACGCUGCCUACACGAAUCGAAGGGACGGACGCAUCCAAACGUGGCGCCAGAAAUCCUGCAGAAGUUAUGCAAAUACUUUCAGGAACCGAACAGGAAGUUCUUUGAGCUGGUAGGACGAACAUUCGAUUGGAAGUGAGAACGCAUAAUGUGCAACUGUUCAUGCGAAUGGAUGAGGUGGGAAUAAAAGCUCGUUUAUAUGCAAAUGAAACCAGGUCUUUAAACGUAAUGGAAGAAUGUUUGCGACGUGUGUUGUGUGAGUGUUUGAGAAGAAAAUCUGACAAGGAGUUGAAAUCCUGUCGAAUCCAUGCUAGCAUCUGAGCAAAAGUAGUCUGACAUCAUUAUACUGGAUGUCGGACUUGUUACAGACUCUACCAGUUACCGAAGGAUGUAGAUGCAGACGAUGCGACUGAUGCGCUAAGAAAAACUGCAGAAAUAUUGUAAUGUAAAAAUCUGUUUUCUGAAACAAAAGGGAAGUCUUGCCAGAGUAGGAUAGUGGAGGAGAUUACCAUUUAACCUGAGAUUGAUAAUAUAGUACAACAUUGUUCAUUACAGAACAAAAGGGCAUUCACAAGCGACCUGACUGAAAACCCCCACACACACACACACACACACACAUCUGGCUCAAUUUGAAUUAUCAAUGGGAGGUUAUUUAAAUCUGAAAGGAAAUAAAUUCAACUAAAACUAGGCCAUAAAAACAGAAUGAAAAAAAAUCUGAACACACACACACAUCUAAAUAAGGCUGAAAUGAACACCUCAUAUUUUAGUGUUUCAUAAACCAUGCUGGAAAUAGAGCACACAUAUUUUUUUGUAUUUUUGGUUUUGUUUUGUUUAAGGAUUUAAAUGUGCCGUCAUCACCUCACAGCUCUACCUGUGUGUUUGCAGCGGAUUAAAAUGGCAGCAGUUCAGAAAAUAAUGCAAGGCAAAAACGUGUAUAUUUAUUUUGUUGUUGCGUUUUAUUUACACCUCACAACACUGUACUUUUGUGUAUUUUUCAAAGAAAAGAAGUAGGGAAAAAAAACAUGGAUGACCACUUUGGACACCAACUGCAGUAUAACAGUAAAACACCAACUACAGUAUAACAAUAAAAAUAAUAAUAAUAAAAAUAGUAACAAAAAUAAAAAAGUAUUAAAUAUAAAAAGUAAUAAAUAUUUUAAAUAAUUUGAUAAUUAUGUACAUAAAAUGCUUUUUUUUUGUCAUGUUUGUAUUGUAACUUAUGUAAUAUAAUAUUUUAAUGUAUAUAAAAUUAUAUAAAUAAAUCUCCAACAUGUUUCCGUGAAACCUCCGGUUCGCCCUCAUCAUCAUCAUCAUCUCUCAGGUGGAAUUUCUUCAUUUAGCUCAAGGGAAAAUAAUUGCAUUUCAUGUUUAAACACAAAUCCAAAGCGCACGUCUCCUUCCAAAAAAAAAAAAGAAGGAAGAGUUUCCUCUAUCCGAUGAUGAGGAAGUGGUUAAAGAAAAACAAAGACAUGAGGCUGAUCUCUAAACCAGGGCAGAAACAAAGCAGUAAACUGGCUAUAAUCUGACAGACUAGUGUUCCAGAAAACAGAAUAAUAUACAAGCUAGUUUUAGAGAAAGCAGGCUAAUACAUAAGUUAGUUUUAGAGAAAAAAGGCUAAUACACAAGCUAGCUUUAGAGAGAACAGUCUAAUACUCAAGCUAGCUUUAGAGAGAACAGUCUAAUACACAAGCUAGCUUUAGAGAGAACAGUCUAAUACACAAGCUAGCUUUAGAGAGAACAGUCUAAUACACAAGCUAGCUUUAGAGAGAACAGUCUAAUACACAAGCUAGCUUUAGAGAGAACAGUCUAAUACUCAAGCUAGCUUUAGAGAGAACAGUCUAAUACACAAGCUAGCUUUAGAGAGAACAGUCUAAUACUCAAGCUAGCUUUAGAGAGAACAGUCUAAUACUCAAGCUAGCUUUAGAGAGAACAGUCUAAUACACAAGCUAGCUUUAGAGAGAACAGUCUAAUACUCAAGCUAGCUUUAGAGAGAACAGUCUAAUACUCAAGCUAGCUUUAGAGAGAACAGUCUAAUACACAAGCUAGCUUUAGAGAGAACAGUCUAAUACUCAAGCUAGCUUUAGAGAGAACAGUCUAAUACUCAAGCUAGCUUUAGAGAGAACAGUCUAAUACACAAGCUAGCUUUAGAGAGAACAGUCUAAUACACAAGCUAGCUUUAGAGAGAACAGUCUAAUACACAAGCUAGCUUUAGAGAGAACAGUCUAAUACACAAGCUAGCUUUAGAGAGAACAGUCUAAUACUCAAGCUAGCUUUAGAGAGAACAGUCUAAUACUCAAGCUAGCUUUAGAGAGAACAGUCUAAUACACAAGCUAGCUUUAGAGAGAACAGUCUAAUACACAAGCUAGCUUUAGAGAAAAAGGAUUAAACACAGAAACUAGCUUUACUUAAACAGGACAAAA